AUGCAUCUCGAAGGACGACGACCACGCGACUCCAUGAAGUCAACAUGGAGGAACGACAAGAGUCAGUGGGGUUUUGCCCAUAAGUUCCUCAUCACCCUCGACGCCUUCCAUCAAUACCCAGACCAAGAAGUUCCUGUCCAUGCAAAGACAGAUCCACUCCCAGCGCUGUCUCAAUGGUCAACCCAUCGAUACAUCCUUCUCAGAGCACUAUGGCCAAUCGCCCUCCAAUAUCUCUACAUUGCCCUCACUGGCUGGCGCUUGCACCCCGUCGGUGCAUUUCUCCUCUACACCGUCGCGAUGCAACUCAACUCGAUCCGAGAAGUCAAGAUUCUUCGACGACUGGCUCACAAAUACGGCUUCCUCGAUGGAGACAAGCACGAGCGAGACCAAGUACCUGAUGCAGGCGUCGAUAAAGUCUUUUGGUCGGUGCAGAUGACAACAACGAUUCGACCGAUGUUCACAAUCUUCCUUGCCUACCGCUCGAAGGAGCCUUUCUCUUUGAGCUGGUGGCUGCCAUUGGAGCUGGCCCUGUAUUCCGUCGUCUUGGAUUUCUGGUUCUACCUCUACCACAGGGGCUGCCAUGAGCUUGAUGGUCUCUGGAAGUACCACCGAACCCACCAUCUUACCAAGCAUCCUUCGCCCCUCCUUUCAUCCUACGCAGAUAGCGAGCAGGAGUUCUUGGAGAUUGCACUCAUCCCUCUUCUCACGUAUGGGACGUUGAAAUACGUUUUCGGCCUGCCGAUGGGCUUCCACGACUGGUGGAUCUGCCACGAGUACAUCAUCUUCGCCGAAGCCUUCGGGCACAGUGGCUUGCGAGUGUACUCCACUACCCCAAGCAUCGUCUCUCCACUGCUGAAGUUGUUCCGCUGCGAACUCGUGGUAGAAGAUCAUGACCUGCAUCACCGAAAGGGCUGGAGGAAGAGUCAGAACUAUGGCAAGCAGACCAGACUUUGGGACCGUAUCUUUGGAACAUGCGGUGAACGCAUCGAAGCUGCCGAUUCCAACAUCGAUUACAACAAUUCAGUCGACUUUCCACUCUGGUAG